AUGGGUGUCGUCAAGGGAGGUGUCUGGACCAACAUCGAGGAUGAAAUCCUCAAGGCCUCCGUCUCCAAAUACGGCCUGAACCAGUGGGCGCGUGUCUCGUCGCUGCUCGCCCGCAAGACCCCGAAGCAGUGCAAGGCGAGAUGGAACGAAUGGCUGGACCCGAGCAUCAAGAAGAUUGAGUGGAGCAAGGAGGAGGAUGAGAAGCUGCUGCAUCUCGCCAAGUUGAUGCCCACGCAAUGGCGCACCAUCGCCCCCAUCGUCGGCCGAACCGCCAACCAGUGCCUCGAACGCUACCAGAAGCUCCUCGACGAAGCCGAAGCCCGCGAGGCUGGCUCCUUUGGUCUCACCGGCCCGGAAGGCGGCGAGACGCAAGCACCCAGUGCCGAUGAUGUCAGGAGACUGCGUCCCGGAGAAGUCGACCCCGACCCCGAAAGCAAGCCUGCCCGCCCCGACACGAUCGAUCUCGACGAGGACGAGAAGGAGAUGCUGAGCGAGGCUCGCGCGCGUCUCGCAAACACACAGGGAAAGAAGGCGAAGCGCAAGGCGCGAGAGCGCCAGCAGGAGGAGUCGCGCCGCCUGGCUGCCCUGCAGAAGCGGCGCGAGCUGAAGACGGCCGGCAUCAACAUCAAGGUCGUCACGCGCAAGAAGGGGCAGAUGGACUACAAUGCCGACAUUCCGUUCGAGAAGAAGGCCGCGCCCGGUUUCUACGAUACCACCGAGGAGGAGGCGCGCAACGAGCAGCAGCGGUUGGCGUUCGACCCGAGAAAACAGCAGCUUGCGAGCAAGCGCAAGGGUGACGGGGAUGAGGAUGGCGAGAACAAGAGGAGAAAGAAGGAAAAGGAGCCGCCUUCUGCGUCGUUCCAAGCCGCCAUGAAGGCCGGACAGAUGCAGAAGAUCCGCGAGGCCGAGCAGAGCAGCAAGCGACGGGCGCUGAAUCUGCCUGCGCCGCAGGUCAGCGAGGGCGAGCUGGAAGAGAUUGUCAAGAUGGGCAUGGUCGGUGAGAGGGCAAACAUGAUGGCGCGCGAGAGCGAGAACGAUGCGACACGUGGGUUGGUCAGCGAGUACUCGACGUUGAACAAUAGCGCCCCAAUCAGGACACCCCGAGCACCGGCGCAGGAGGACCACAUCGCGAACGAGAUCAGGAACAUCCGAGCUCUGACCAACACGCAGUCAUCGUUGCUUGGUGGUGAGAACACCCCUUUGCACGAGGGUGCCGAGUCGACUGGAUUCGAUGGCAUUGCGCCUCGCAAGCAAACCGUCGCAACACCCAACCCCAUGGCGACGCCGAUGCAUGCCAACGGCGUUGGUCAAACGCCAGCUCGGGUUGGCCAGACCCCCAUGAGGACGCCCCGCGACAGCUUUGCGUUGAAUGCCAACGACGGCACAAUGGUCGGCGCCACCCCGAGAGACGUGAAGAUGAGAGACAUGGCUCUGCGGAGUCAACUACGACAAGGCUUGGCGUCUUUGCCCAAACCGAAAGAUACUGAAUGGGAGCUGGAGCUUCCUGAUGAGCAGAAGGAGCUCGCAGCAACCGACGAGAUGAUGCUCGAGGAUGCUGCGGAACGAGACCGCAGAGAAGCCGAGUACAAGGCAGCACAGCACGCCCUGGAGAUGCAGAGAAGGACACAAGUCAUGCAGAAGAACCUACCCCGGCCAAGCCAGGUGGACGUCACUGCACUUCUGUCUGUUGCAAGCCAGGUGAAGAAUGAGGCGGAGGCGCUCAUUGCCAGAGAGGCGGCUGCGUUGAUUGCCAACGACGCAGUCAAGUACCCUUCACCCAAGAUUACCGUAAGCGGUGUCCCGCCUCCCCUGCAAACCAUCAGCGACAACGAUCUUGCCGAGGCACGCCUGCAGAUUCUGAGUGAGACCAACCCCAGACCUUCCCGGGCCGAGAUUCAACAGUCCUUUGACAACCGCGGCAAGAACUCCCUGCUUCUGGGACUUGGCUGCUACGGCGAUGAUGAGGAGGAAGAAGAGGCAGCUAUGAGAGAUGCCUUUGAUUCCAUUCAAGACGCCAUCGUGGCCACCGCCGAGAAGGGCAUCAAGCUGGAGAAGAAGCUUGCGCUGCACCUCGGCGGCUACCAGAAGAGGCAAAAGAUGCUAAAGGACAAGAUUGGCGAGGCCGCCGAGGCUCUGGAGAAGGCCAACAACGCCCUCAGCGGCUUCAAGACCCUCGCCAUUUCGGAAGAGGUCGCCAUCCAACGGCGCCUGGGUGCCCUUAGAGACGAGGUCGGAUUCGUCAGCAGGAGAGAGCGCGAGGCGCAGGAGCUUUACCGCAAGACGAAGGAGGAGCUGGACGCGCUCCGCAGCAACGGGGUGAACGGACACUAUUAG